AUGACAUCAACAUUUACAACAUUAUCACAAUGGAAUAAACUACAACAAGAUAAAAUCAAGCCUAUGAUCUUUGAUGGUAAUCCAUUCAUGACAUCACCAGGUGUUGACGAACUCACUGUUUACAAAACAGGUAUAGUCACAGCAUUGACUAUGGUUCCUUACGGUCCUGUUGUGUCAGGUAUUGCAGAUGUCUUCCUAACGUAUUUAAUAGAGACAUUCAAUGAAGAUAAAUCAAUUAUUCGGUAUCAAACACUAUGUAACGAUUUGAUACAGAAUAGUCUUUAUCAGUAUGACGAUAAUCAGACCAAAGCAAUCUUCAAAGCUUGUUCACUGGCUUUCAAAGACUAUAGACAACACUGGAAAGAGUUACAGGCGGACCCAAAGAAUGAAGCUCUCAAAGAAGUCAUGAGAGUGAGUUUCCAAAAUUUGGAAAAUGAAAUUGCCACCAAAUAUAUUUAUCAAUGUAGAAAAGGAGGAUUUGAAGUCAACGAAUUGGUUUUAUUCUCAAUGUUUGCUACUGACCACUUAAUCAUUCUUCGUGAUUGUAUUUAUAGUGGUAACAAAGAAUGGGGAAUGCAUCCAGAUUCAGUUAAAAUUUAUUCAGAUAAGUUCAACAAGCUAAUUGUAGACUAUGCAGAGUAUUGUGUAACAACUUACAAUCAAGGUAUUACUACUAUUUCCAAGAGACCUGAAGCCAAUAUGAAAAUGAGAUGGAAUCGUUUAAAUAGAUGGAGAAAUUACAAUAUUAUUUGUGUUUUUGAUUUUGUUAAUCUUUGGUUUGCAAUGGAUCCAAAGGUCAACGAACAAGGUGUCUGCCAUACUCCUGUGCGUUAUCUCUUCUCUGAUAUUAUGGGAACUCCAUACAACUCGGUUGAUGAUAACCAUCAGAUGACACCAGCCAAGAUCAAUGAGAAGAUCGCAGCCAACAACUAUCAUCUCUAUCAAAAUGAAUUGAAAAAGGUGGAGUACUCUAUCGAGGACAGAAGAUUCCGAUCGUUCCAACCAUUCUUCCACUCUGAGAACUCGGCCGAUGGUUUCCGUCCAGGAAUAUUGGUAUCUGGUACACGUGAUCCAAAACUAAACCCUAUCGUCGCUGUUAACCUACCCAUUACAAAUGACUAUUCGGUUGCUACUAUCAAGAAUGGAUACUUUAUGAUGAAUUGCAAGUUGACUGCACCACCAAAUGCCAAUGCAGCCAGGGACGUCAAUGCUUUCCCAUGGACCGAGUUCAACACGUUCUGCACCACCAGAAUGGUAGAGUGUGAAUUGAGAUGGAGAACGCCCGGCACUUGGAGCGAUCCAGAAGCUGUAGGACAACCGUUUGAAAACGUUAAACUCUCGUUCGAAGGUCACAAGAUCGGUAACAUUUUCUCGCUCAGUGUCAACUCAUACUCGGACUUUACCAACAAGCUUCGAUUCAUGGGUGGCGCAUGCGAUUGUUUCAUCUUUGCUUUCUUGCCAGAGCAAGUGUUCCACCAGAACAUCAUUCCCAAGGUCGGUAACACAUUGCUUGACGCGCAGAAAUACACUACGACCGAUACUGCCAAGCUGGCAUACGACUACUUCUAUCCUGGUGUUCAUGCAAUGAGAGUACCAGCCGAAGGUAUGAUUCAAAUCAAACUGAUUCCAGAGGAUGAAACCCAGACCGUCUACCAAGUAAAGAUUCGUUGUGAUGUCAAGAAACAAACAUCGCUCAAAGUCCAAAACAAGACCACCAACACAGCCGAACAGGAAUUCUACAUCCCAAGAGCAGUCAAUAAGACUCUGGCAACUUCCACAUUACCGGCAACCGAUGUUUUCAAGAUUGAUAUUGGCAAAACCGGUAGUCUUAUUCAAUUCACAGCCACUACCGAUGAAAUCUACAUUCAAAGUAUCUUACUCAUUCCAGUAGUAACAACAACUGCCAAAUCAGAGGAGCAAAAGAAAUCUAACUUUUCUACCCUAUAG